AGGAACAUGGCGUCGCCCGCAGUGGCAGCAGCUGCAGUCCGCUUGUAUCGAGGCCCAGGGCGGGCAGUCUCCCUCCUCUGUGCCCGUAGCAGACGCUCCAUUAGCCCGCUGCAGAGGAGGCCUUAUGUGGUCACGACAGCCAGGAACGAUGCAAAGUUCAAACUAGAUGAGAAGACAGCUCACAGCAGUCUGGACCUCUUUAAGAAGGAUACAGGAGUGAUCUACCGCAUCCUGGGAUUGGACCCUUCUCAGGUGCAGAACAACCCCGAGCGCUUCCGAGACUGGGCUGUGGUUUUCGGAGAUGAGAAGAUCCGCAGUGGGAGGCAUUACUGGGAAGUCACUGUCAAGAAAUCCCAGCAAUUUCGUAUCGGAGUUGCGGAGGCGUUGAUGUCCCGCGAUGAGUGUGUGGGUACCAACAGUUCCUCUUGGGUUUACGGGUACGCUCAGAGGAAGUGGUUUGCCAUGUUGAACAAUAAAACCGUUCCUGUGACGCUGGUAGGAAAGCCAGACCGUGUGGGAAUUCUGCUUGACUACGAGGGGGGAGUGCUAGCUCUGGUAGAUGUAGAAAAAAGUAGCAUUAUUCAUUGCAUCAAAGCCAAAUUUCAGGGAGAGAUUUGCCCCGCCUUUGGACUGUGGGAUGGGGAGCUUCUGACACACAGCGGCCUGGAGGAGCCGGCAGGCCUCAAGUGAAGACAUUUGAGCAGUGGGGCUUAUGUAACUUGGGUCCAUAAAGGGCAACUGUGUGUUAUUUUAGAGGGGGGAGGUAUAAUGAAAAAUAUAUAAUCUUUAAAGGGUUGUUUUGGAGAUAAGCCAGAUUAAAAUAUCAAGUCAUAUCAAUGAUAAUAAUUUAAAAAAAAAGAAAGCUGUUACACAUUCAUACACACAUACGUUUUCCAGUAGACUGUACGCCAUCUUCUUGUCUCCAGGGAGAUGAUAUGCUUUGCCAAAAAUGUUUCAUAGUGUGUCAUUAAACUUAUUUCAUCAUGUUUGUUGAAAGACAUGCAUUCUUACAGAAGCCUCUCGCAACUAGACCUGGUGGAGUUAACUGCUUGUCUCUAUGGAAAUAUAAUACAUGAAAUAAUAUCUCCGUGCAGACAAACAGCCACCUGCUUGCCUGCACAGAGAUAUUAUUCCAUGCCCUCUACCAGGAAUGUUACAUAACAAAAUGCAAAAUGUCAGUGUACUUCCAAAACAAAGAUAUAAGGUGAGAUUCCUGCAUGUUUUUGUACAUUUUUGAUGCACUGCCAUAAUAUCACCUAUCACCUGAAUAUUGUCAUAGGAGCCUAAAUGCAUUAAUGAAUUUAGAUUUUUUACAGUGUCUUCCACCCAUGUUAUGUGGUCCUUCUCAAAAUGAGGUAAAUGAGUGAGGAUCACUUUAUAUUCAUAGGUAAUUCAUAUUGAACGCUGAUCUAUAAUGAACCAUCCAUAGUAUCAGUAACACGUUCAUACUUCACAAGGUGCUUUUCUGUUCUUUUUGCAUUACCUCUUGGUUUAUCUUGAUUGAGUGAAGUGUUGUGUGUUCUCGGGACAUGAAUUACCAAAUUUGAGCUUUGUAAGUGUUUCCAUGCUGUGCCAUUAUAUUAUGACAACAUGAAUUUAACACAUGUACCUUAAGAUGAACAAUAAAAUAAUGUAAGAAGUG